CUCCCUCCUGUCCGCAGCAUCUCUCUCUCCUUGCACUGUUUCUGCCAGUCAGAGAGAGAGAGAGUGGAAAGACACGCUUGUGUUUGGUUUUGCAACUCCUGCAUUUCACCGACAUUCUUAAAUGAAUCAACACCAGAGAAAGCUGGAGAUUGAACAGACCUCCAUCUCCCUGAAGAGCCAUCAAAAACAGCCUUCUUAACUCACAGUAAAUGCAAGAUAAGCGGCGAGAUAAGUGAAAAAGAUUUUAUGAGAUGACAUUUCGUCCUUGGAAUAAUCAACUGAAGGGCCAUCAUCACACAGACCCUGAAGAGGAGAGACAGGGAGGGAAGACACAUUUGUAACUCCAUAGAUGGCCUCAGCACCCUGCACGUGUCUUUGAGUGUGCCAAAAGAAUCGAUCCGAAAUGAGCAUCCCAACUGGUUUCCAGGGACUGAGGGUCAAUGUUGACAGAGGAGAAAAGAUUGGAAACAAAACACAGAUCCAGAUCCCCCAAUCUGGGGAUGAUAAUGCCAAUAGAUUAUCUUUGAUUGGUGAUCAAGAAGGAAGAGGACUGAUAGAGGACACAGCGUACAGCACAAGCUCCAUCCCUCCUUUGGUCUCUCAGAGUGAAUCCCCUGACAAGUUAGUGAUCUGGGGCUCUGAGCAGCAAUGCAUGGAGCCUGAGCUCAGAGAGUUUGAGCUUUUGGAGUGUCAGGAGAUACAUGCAUUCUUGGGAAACAGGAAUCAGGAGGUGGAGAAUGAGGAAGAAGACGAUGGAGGAAGUUUGAGAGAUGGAAAAGAUGAGGGUUCCAUGUCCAUGUCCUCAAGCUCAACUGCCAGCUCUGCUUCGAUCGGAGUGAGAAGAAAUGACAACGACAGCAACAAAGUGGAGAGCAGAAUACAGAGGGGCAAAGAGGCGCAGAAAAGGAUUGCCUGUCAUAGCACUGAAGAGCUAGACACCUGUGUGACAGGUUCAAUAGAGAAAAGCGACACCAGAUCAGGCAGAGCAGGAGACAGGGAGAGAUGGAAGGGAGGUCUGAAGGAGUCCAAGUCUGAGACAAAUGUGUUUGUCUCCAGUCUGUCAGCCGUUUCCCUCAGCGGGAGCCUGUCGAGUGCUCUGGACAGUAGCGGAGAAGCGCAGUCUCUCAUCUCUCUGUCCAACAAGACCAACCCUUAUCCCAAUACAAACAACUCUACCUCAGCCCAGACCAGAAGAAGGGUGGCCCCUGUAGAUGCCAACCAGAACUCCCCACCAUCGCAUCCUCAGGAGAAACAUGGUCAUCCUCAAUACUACAGCCAGGAUCAGAGACAGGAAGAGGGAAGUCAUCAUAGAAAUGGACUGUCCUCUGAUGGGGGGCUGGGCCAAAGGAGAAAGGCUGGAUUUGAGGAGAGGGUCAUGCCACCACGACGGCAACAGCUCGUCAGACCCCUCUGUCAGACAGAGACGGGAAGAGCGAGGAGCUCAGCAGAGCCCAAAGCUCAUCAAGCUGAGACAGGGCAACCUUCUUUCCCCAACCUCUUUCCAGAUUCACACAUUAACUGGUCGAACAGAAAGUUUACAAAAUCAUCUUUACGUGAACCAUCUGAUUUCUCCCCCCUGUACAACACAUCUGGAGUCUCACAGCCCAGACAACCCAACCAGGCAGCCCAGAGGGAGGCCCCACCUGUAGAAAAACAGCCAGUUUCAAUGGCAUGCCAUAAUUCAAGUCCUUCCAAUCCUUCCAGUUUAGAGACGAGACCCCAGACUCAACUCACAUACAGGAGAAAUUGCUCCAGUCCCAACAGGACGGGAGUUGAUUCCAGGUCAUCUACCCCUCCCCACUCCCCUCUCAGGACACCCCAGGGUUCACCACGCAGGCAACCCUCCAUGUACCUCGUUUCCAGGAAUGUCUCUGGAGUGGUUAGACACAUCCCGUCCGGAUGCAACCCUGUUGUAAUGACAUCAGCUCAGGGCUAUGGCAACAGUUGCAUGAGAGCACCAGUCAAAACCAAUAUAAGCACAAGUGGAAUCCCCAAAGCGCCUCUUAACAACCAGCAGAGCUCUAACCACAACUCCAGCCCCAAAGAGAGCUCCCCAUCACCUAAACUUAAACCUAAAGGAGUUCGGCCCAAAAUCAUUACCUAUGUCCGAAAGAAUCCUCAGUUUAAGCCCCAGGCUGCUGAUGGACCUUAUCAGGUAUCCUCUCUGCCAUCCAGGCUCUCAGCAUGUGCACACGGCCAAACACCCACUUCCUUCAAAGACACCCCUAAAGACGCCUCCAAGCCUGAUGCAGAAUCCAGAGGAGCCCCAGUACUCAGUGCCUCCAAUCUGCUUUAUGACAAGUACCGCCAAGAGAUGCAGACAAACAUGUUCCAAUCAGGAAUGCUGAGCAGGAGUAUCAGGCCCCCUGGACACACACACACUGUCCCCCCUGCACACACACACAGCCACACGGCACCCCCGAAACUGGGCAGCAAAGCAGACAACUUCUAUGGGGCACCAUCAGAGGUGGGACGAUCUGCCAGUUUUAAAGGGAGUACUGCUGAGGACGCACUGCAGGCCCGGACGGCUGCUCAGGCUGGAGGGAGUGGUCUCCUGCGCUCUGGCAGAGGUAUGCGUCUGGGCCUGGGAGCUGUCACCAGGACAUCUACGGGCUCUGCCAAGGCCAGAGGACCUGGUCAAGGUCAGAGGUCAACGCUUGUCUUCAGCCAGCCAGUCCAACCUGUCAGCCCAGCGACCAGUCAGAAAAGCCAAGAUGACGCAGAUGACCAGGUCUUCACCCAUCAUACUCCCACUUCUCCUCCUGCUCCAUCGACGGCAGCAGCCCAGCCCCAGGCUGGGGUCUCCAGGUCUCUGCUUCCCAAAGCCAGCCAGUCAGGCCUGCGACCCCCAGGCUUCAGCUCCAGCCGUCUCCCCGCAGGCCGCCUGGCAGCCUUUGGCUUCGUCAGGAGCUCCAGUGUGUCCUCCGUCUCCUCGGCCCACUCUGCUGACAGCACACAGAGUGACCCCUGCAGGACAGCUCAGCGUCUGAGUGUGAGCGAGGAGCCUCCUCUUCAUAGAGUGACCACCGGCCCUCCUGCGACAGAGCACCAGAGAGGGGCACCAUGUCGCAGCAACAGCCUCCAACCACCCUCUACCCCAGCCCUGCCUCGGCGCUACCUGCCUGCCCAGCCAAGAAGCUCCCCUGGAGUUGGCAGGAAGGAGUUUCAGCGGAGUUCAGAGGUCACUCGUUCUCUCCCGUCCUCCCCAAAGAGGCUGGCAGUGGUUCCUCCCAAACCUCAGUCCCCAGUCCAGUCUGGGCAGCGGCUCGCAGCAGCAGUGAGAGGGUCAGCUCCCCUGGGGUCCCCUCGCUGCGUGCCCCCCCUGAGGCUGCAGCAGGAACAGCAGGAGAGCCUGCAGAAAGAGAAAGAGGAGGCUCAACAGAAAGAGAGAGAGAGGCAAGCAGAGGAAAGAGAAAAAGAAGAGCAAAGGGAGGAGGUUCAGAGGCUGCAGGGACGCUGUGAGCAGCAGGAGAGACAGCUGAGAGCUCUAAGAGAAGAACUGAAAAAGACUUCCUUGGGUCUGGAAGCCUUCAUCAUCACCACUCAGCAUUACUGCCUCAAGAAUAAAACUACAGAAGAAAAUCAAAGGAAACUGUCCUUGAAAAUGCAAAUGAUCAGAGAAGAAAUGGCAUCCAACUCAGCGCGACUGGAGAGACUCCAGCGGGAAAAGACAGAUCUGGAGGUGGCGUUUGAACGAGAGCUGCAGGAGCUGCAGCUGCAGCAGGAGGCAGAGCUGGCUGCUGUGGAGGAGGGGCUUAGGAAGUGUCACUCAGCAGAGGCAGAACACCUGAAGGCGGAGCAUCGGUCAGAGAUGGAGGAGCUGAGGAUUCAGCAACAGGAACAGGUGGAGGAGAUGACAGUCAACCACCAGGCAGCCAUUCAGGAGCUCAGAGACAUGCAUAACAUCACCAUGACAACACUGCAUGAGGAGCACGCUCGUACCAUGAGGGACUUAAGGAAAGCUCAUGAGCAGCAGAAGAUGCUUCUAGAGGAGGAUUUCGAGAAACUCAGGCUUUCUCUACAGGAUCAAGUGGAUACUCUCACAUUUCAAAACCAGAGUCUGAGGGACAAAGCCAAACGCUUUGAGGAAGCUUUGAGGAGGGGUACAGACGAACAGAUAGUUGAUGCUUUGGCUCCAUACCAGCACAUCGAGCAAGAUCUGAAGAGCUUGAAGGAGGUUGUGGAAAUGAAGAACCAGCAGAUACACCAGCAGGAGAAGAAGAUCUCUGAUCUGGAGAAAGUGCAGGCCCAAAAGAACGUGUUCCUUGAGGAGAAGGUCCAGGUUCUGCAGCAGCAGAAUGAGGAUCUGAAGGCUCGUAUUCAAAUGAACCUAGCUCUGUCCAGGCAACUGUCAGAGGAGAACGCCAACCUCCAAGAGUCCGUCGAGAAGGAGAGCACUGAAAAGAAGCGGCUGAGUCGGAACAACGAGGAGCUUCUGUGGCGCCUCCAGACCAGCCCCCUCAUGUCCCCUGCCUCCUCCCCACUGCACCGCUCCUUCUCCACCUCCCCCAUACCCUCAUCCCCAUCCCCAUUCUUCUCCUCCUCACCUGUAGCAGGGUGCGACUCCCCCACUCAUUACCACGGCUGUCCCCAGCAGGCUCAAUACUCCUCCCCCUCCCACAGAGCCGCCACCAAUCAAAAUCUCUCCCCGGGACCAGCCACACCCACUCGCAGGGCAGCGAGCAAUCAGAAUUUCUCCCCUGGCCCGGCCACACCCACACACAGAGUGUCAGCCAAUCACUGUAACUCAGCCACUUGUCUCAGCUCUUUGCAGAGAUAAAAUCACAUAGCUCUCUCUCUCUUCAUUUUCCUAACUGGCUCAUCAUUUUCAUUUCUUUCAUUCUCCUCUCUCCUCCUCCCUUUUUUAAUGUAAAUGGCAUUGAAGUACAUGUUGGAGAAAAACAAGGGCUGUGGUCUCCAGUCAUCACAGGACAAAACUGGACAGACAGUGCAGUCAGUGUCAAAGCACUGAGGUUACAGAGUCUUGAACUUCUCAAGCUUCUACAGCUUGUGGUGUCCAUCAUGUGAAAUACAACACAGAUUAAAAAAACACAGAUAAAUAUUGUAAUUGGAAAUGAAUGCAGAUGACUGCAGCUCAGUUCUUUGCCCCCAAUCCCAGCUUGUAUAAAAACAGAGUCUUGAAAUGUAGACUGUAUAUACUGUAUGAUAGUGACACAGAUAGUGUCGACAUGUAGUGAAACCUCCCUGCAUGGGUAGUCAUGAGUCCCAUACAGACAGAAACAGUACAGAUGGAAAGUAGCACUCUUGUCACCAGAACACAAUACUCUGGUGUGUUAAAAACACGGUCAUGUCCUUGAUAAAAUAAACUAUAUCCUCUCUCAUUGGGAUUAGUUUCUCAUAGUCAAUUCUGUUUUAAAAGAUGAGUUGCAAAUCUGAGUCAUGAACUGAAUCAGUUUUCAACAGAAGUGGGGUUUUUUUGUUUUUCAUCUGGAAAAAUCCCUAACAAAGCGCCUUAUACUUCGUCCUGUCAUCUCACCAACAAUGAACAACCAACAUUUUAUUUCAUAAAGGACUUUGGAUAAAGAAUUAGUUUGUAAAACAAAGUGAAUCGUGUUUUCAGCCUCCGCAAGGUGUAUUUAACAUUUUGUAAUUAGUUCAAUGCUGAUAGUUUUACUUGUGUGGGAGAACCCUACCUGGAACCCCAGCCAUUUUACCUGCAAAAUACAGAGGACUUAAUGUUCAAACCGCCAGGUCUUCCUACAGCACCUCGCCACAUGAGCUACUCUUCACUUUCGGGAUCCCUCAGGUCAACUUGCAAAAACUACAUCUGCCAUUUUGUAUUUACCUCAGCGGGAAUGUGCAGUCUGUUGUGUCUGUAGCUCAACAGCAACAACAACAACAAAAACACACAGCUACCAGGGAGCUCAAAGCUAACGGGGAAACCCAACACAGGAAUCGCUGUUUUAAAUGUUGUGGAUUUAAUUCAAAUAUUUAUAUGUAAUUUAUAUGUUACAUGUAUUUUGCUAGUUAAGCAAGCAUGUACUGUGGAAGUCUUCCAGUCUUAAUGUGAAACUUAUUAUUGUUGUGAUCUGUCUAUUUAUUAAGCUUGAGGUGUGAAGGGACUGAAUGGUGUUUGUAACUUUAAUAGGAGUGGAAAAUGUGAUGCACCCCAGGAGAAAGGAGAUAUACUGCAGAUCUUUUGACUUGUUGUCAUCACACAUACAUAGGUGGUGUUCAGGGGACUGUCUUAUGAUAUAUGGGUCUAUAAGCUAUGUAGGUUAAAAAAAAUACAGGUUAACCCUCUGUUCACCCCUUUGUGACACACGUCACAAAGGGGUGUAUUAACCUCUUCAUAACCUCCUCUUAUGCUUCUGGUUUGUUUAUCUGAAUGACACUUUUUAUCCUUCAAGUAUUAUGUUCAGACUUUUGCAAGCUACACUGACUUUUCAGUGCACAAGAAUAUAUUGUUCAGGGAAUUAUUUUCUAAAUUUAGAUUAGAAGUACUUUCAGUUUUCUUUUGUAUAGAUUCUCUACAGGACAUUAUACACUGUCAAGAUAUUUCCCAGGAUAAUUUUCCACUUAUAUAAAAUACAACAGAGAAACCAACCUUUGGUAUAUAAAAAUGAUAAUUAUUUUAUAGCAUAAAGUAUGUCAUAGCUGCCUCCUGUACUGUACUCUACUGACUAACUUACCCUCAGGGUCCUAAUCUUUCAUCAACAUUGAAAAAAACCAGAAGUGUAAUCUCAGUGAUUAACUCGCACAUUAAUGAACAAAGCUAAAGCUGUUCAGACCACACAUGAAAAGGAGCCGCUGUAAAUAAACAAGGCCAGUGAGAAGGGAUGAGGGUAAGUCUGUGUUGGCGGUUGACAGUUACAGCAAUGAACUAAUGUAAUAUUGUUAAAGGUAAGUAGAUGCAUAGGGGGGCAAUAUCGGGGCCUUGAAAUUCAGUGCCCCUGAUCACUUUUUCUGUUAAGCUACAGGUUGAGUAAAUGUAACCUUUUACCAGCAUAAAAGGAUGUAAAGGAUGACGUUUCUGGGUUGCCAGUUUUUCAGUUGUAGACUUUUAAGUAGAUCUUUAAUUGUGAUACCAGCACUUUUGAUGGUCGUGAAAAAGUAAAAAUGAUACUUUCGUGGAUCUUCAAGAUGUUUUGUAUGAUACGUACAUAGGGUUAAAUGCUCUUAAACAACAGAAUGUCAAGUACAGCAUAGGAUUUGAGAAGUGUAUCUCAAUUCUCACAUAUUUUAUACCUACACUGAUGAUUUUCAGAAUGUCUUUGCAUAACGAUCAAUUGUGAAAAUAUACCAGUCAAAAAGUCACUGUGUUUUCAGAUGUUUAGGAUUACAGUUCACCCACGUCUUUGAAUGAUUCUUCAGGGUCCUCCUAAAGGUCACUUCAGGUGCAAAAAAAUAGUCUACAAGGAUGCAACAAAAACUAUUGUUUACAAAUAGUGUAAAGUUACCGAUUUCAAUUAAUAUUUCCCCUUUGAACAGACUAUGAUUUCUAAAUGAACUGGUAUUGUAAUGACCCUUCAAUGUGUCCUGUGGACAUCUGUGUCUCACUAUGCUCUGAAUGUCAAAAAUGUAAUGACUGCAUUUUAUACAAGUCAUUGUGAUUUUGUUUAAUAUAGAAGGACCUUUCGUCUGACCACUAUGUAGCAGCCAUUUAAUAUGUAGCACUUGGUUGAGCCUCCCCACAACAAACAUGGGUAAUUUAUCUAAUUCAUUAGGGAUUGAAAUGUCCAUGUUGAUGUUUAAAUGCUGUUGUAGCAAAUGUUUCCAUGGCUUGUCAACUUUCAGCGCUAGAAUUUGAAUUUGUGGAGGUAAGCUAUACAAUUACCCCUUAUGGAUUUGUUCCAGAGACAAAGUUUACUGAAUUUGUUUGUUCUGGCACUGAUUGUACGUUUGAAUGUAAAUACAUUUACAACAUGAGUUGUGUCUUAGUGCACCAAAAAAGUAAUAGAAGCAUGUUUUUUCUGUCUUUGCUGUUUCUCGCUCUCUUCUGUUACCUCUCUGCAUCUGUGAUGGUCAAAAUGUAACUGUAGCGUAGGGGGCCUAGAGGACGAGGAAUGAGAUAGUUCAACAUGUAAUGUAUACACUGUAUGUUGAUGCUUAUAUUUGAACUUUUUGGGGAGAACACAAUAUUAAAAAAUAUCCAAGAAAAGUCA